CUGUGUGAGAGGAAAAAUAUAAAGUCCUAGACUCAAAGGAGCUGAACACAGACUGAAGCAGGAUGGAGAAGAUCGUCUUCAGAGUGAUCAUUGUUGCAGGUGUAUGCUGUCUGUCUGCCAAACACGUCCAUAUCCAAAAAUACAUUUCUUGGGCUGAUGCUCGAAAGUACUGCCAAGCUAACUUCAUCAACCUUUCACCUCUCACCAGUCAGCUGGAGGAGCAGGUGUUCAGAGACACAAUGGGUGAAGAAGGCAUUAGAGGAUGGAUCGGUCUCUACUGGGAUCAAGUCAACAGCUCAUGGAAAUGGUCAGGAGGUGACAUUUUCAGGUCUUGGACAGAUAUCUACAAAGACAUGAAUUCUGAUGAUAAACUACCUGCAGACAAUCUACCUAAAGCAAAUAACAUUUUGUGGACCAGAAACAAAUGGAUUUCUCUAGAUGGUACUUCCACCCAUAGGUUUUUCUGUUUGAACCUGACUGCAGUCCAGCAGGAGAAGACCUGGGAGGAGGCUCUGGAGCAUUGCAAUGAGAACCACUCCAACUUCACCAGCCUGCUCUCUAAGACUGAGAACCUUCUGGCUAUGAAUGAGAUCAAUAAAACUGGCAUCAAUGAGCCGGUGUGGAUCGGUCUGCGUUACCUUGGAGACAGAUGGCUGUGGCUGAACGGUGACCCUCUGGUGUACCAGGCUUGGUCCCAACGAGGAGACCAGGACCAGCUGUGUCCAGUGACGAGACGCUGUGGAGCUUUAACCAAAAACGGAACGUGGGAGAACCGGGACUGUCAGGAGAAACUCCCCUUCAUCUGUGCCUGAGUGUCUCCAGUUGCUGAGUCUCAUCCUGAGUGUGAACUUAAACCUCCAGCUGCCGUUCACCUUCUCAAGAAGCUUCCUGACUCUAAAAUAACAGCAUGUAUGGAUUUUAGCUUAAAACUUUAAUUACAGCGGUUGUAGUAGAUCCUGUACUCACUAAUAAACU